AUGGCGACCGGUGAGAGGCGAUCAAAUCUCAGGUUGCUCAGGACGUCAUUGAUUCUGGACCAAGGCGACACACGCACGACUCGCCAUGGAGACUGUCUCAGACUGUGUACUUACAACGCGAGAACAGUUUCCACAGACGCCGACCUGCAUGCCCUUCUCGGAGCUGCAGAGCGUAUCAAAUUUCACGUGAUUGCUCUGCAGGAGACCAAGUGCAGAAGGAGCGACGUACGACAGAUGAAUGACGGUACACUCGUCAUUCGUGGAGAGAAGGUUCCGUCGCGAAAUGUAGGCGGUGUUGGUUUUGUUGUGUACCCAUCUGUCGUCCAUCUUGUCGAUUCUCACGAGAUCCUGUCACCUCGACUGGCCAUUCUUCGCCUCCGCCCUCUGCGCCAAAAAUCCAUCAGUAUCAUCAACUGCUAUUCACCAACAUCAGCAGCUGAUGAUUCCGAAUUGGACGCGUUUUACGAGGAGCUGGAGGAAGUAGUCCACAACGAGAAGUCCUUUUACAAAUUCGUUGUCGGAGACUUCAACGCAAAACUAGGAAAGGCCACAGAAGAGGAAUACAGGAUUGGAAGAUUUGGACUAGGGGACCGGAAUGAAAAUGGCAAUCGUCUCGCCGGGCUGUUGUCCGCCGCUCGCCUCUUUCAUGGGAACUCUCUUUUCAUGAAAAAAGAUCAUCGUCGGUGGACAUGGGAAUCGCCCAAUGGCGCGACUCGUGCGGAGAUCGACCACAUACUCACCAACCGGAGGUGGUGUCUACUUGACGUCUCAGUAGUACCAUCCUUUUGUAGUGGUUCUGAUCACCGUCUCCUUCGUGCGAAAAUACGACUUAGCCACACGAUGGAAAAGAACAUCUGCUAUCGGCAACGAAGGAGAAAAGAAGUCGUCUACGACGAUUGCGUACUCGAGGACUCCCUGUCCCAAGGUGACUGGCACAUCGAGGAGGACCCAAACGUGGACUACGAGAUGCUGCUCAGAGGAUUACGAGCCUGUGCUGAACGUGCCUCGAAGUCGCGCACGACAAACUUGGAUCGAAUUUCGAAGACCACCAAGGAAUUGUUAGGAAGAAGAAGGGCUUUGAGGCUUGAUCCGAAUGCAUCGCACAUUGAGCGGUUAGUAGCAAACACUAGCUGCAGAAAAGCGUUGCAGGAGGAUCUUUCGAAGUACAGGCAGAAGAAGAUUCUAGAAGCAGCACAAAGAAGAACGAGUCUAAAGAAGUGCCGCAGGGACCUCCGCGAAUAUAAUAUUCCGCUAGCAACCUUGCUGAGCGAAGACGGGACUCGCACGUCUUCUCGUCGUGAGAUGGAAAUCAUUACGGAGAGGUUCUACUCGAACCUUUUCCGUUCAUCAACUCCUGUGUCAAGCCCAAUCAUCCCCACUGGCGAUGCUCCACCACGGAUUCUCCCUUCGGAAGUACGAGUCGCUAUCAAGAGCAUGAAACCUGGCACAGCCCCCGGACCUGAUUUUAUAUCAGCAGACUUUCUUCGGGCUGGUGGCCAUCCGCUUCAUGUAAUCUUAGCAGCGCACAUGACAUCCUAUCUUCAGAAAGAAAGGAUCCCAGACCAGUGGAAGACCUCGCGAACCGUUCUUAUCCAUAAGAAAGGUGACCGAGAGGACCUUCGGAACUACCGUCCGAUAUGCUUGCUGAGCGUGUUAUACAAAGUAUUCACCAAGAUCAUCCUCACACGCAUAUCUAGGACGCUGGAUGAAGCCCAGCCUCAAGAACAAGCUGGAUUCCGCCAAGGGUUCAGCUGCUUGGACCACAUCCAGACCGUGUCGAGGGUCAUAGAGGUUUGCCGGGAAUACCGCCUGCCCCUUGUUCUAACCUUCGUCGACUAUGAGAAAGCCUUUGACAGCGUAGAAACGAAUGCAAUACUGUCAGCGCUGGUCGAUCAAGGUGUGGACGCGUCGUAUGUGAGGACAUUAGCCAAUUGCUAUGAACGAUGCACGACUAGGAUACAGCUUUUCCACCGCCCUCUCACCAUACCCAUUGGAAAGGGGGUACGACAAGGCGAUACUAUAUCGCCGAAGCUGUUCACGGCUGCAUUGCAAUGGAUAAUGAAAUCACUAUCCUGGGAAGAAAGGGGCAUACGUGUUGAUGGAAGAUUUCUUUCGAACCUUCGUUUCGCGGACGACAUCGUUCUCUUUUCGAGCAGCACCAAUGAAGCAGAAACGAUGCUCAACGAAUUGAACGAAGCAGGGAAGAGAAUAGGACUACGAAUAAACAGAAAGAAGACACAGUUCAUGAAGAACGCGCACUGCGAGGACGGAGGAGUACAACUUGAAGGCUCCCAAAUCGUGGAAACUCCGUCAUACGUAUACCUCGGACGUUCUAUGAACAUGGAAAACGACUUGAAGGAAGAACUGAAUAGAAGAAUGAGAGCAGCAUGGGCAGCAUUCGCAGCCGUCAGGGAAGCUACGGACCAACUGACGGACCAUGAUCUUCGUGCCCAUCUGUUCGACUCGACAGUCCUUCCAGCGCUCUGUUACGCAGCGGAGACGUGGGCAGACACCGCGGCCACGUCUAGGAAGCUACUUAUUACCCACAGAGCCCUUGAGAGAUGUCUCCUGAAGUUUAACCGGCGCACACAACACCUUGCCGGUCUUCGUAGCUCCGACUUAAGAGGAAUGUCCCGUCUUCGCGACCCAGCGGAAUAUGUAUCGAAAGCAAAACAUAGAUGGGCCGGUCACAUCAUGAGAAGAAUCGACGAUAGAUGGACUAAAAGAACGCUAGAGUGGAUCCCAAGGGACGCUAAACGCCCCCGAGGGAGACCGCCAACGAGAUGGAGUGACGUGUUCGCUGCACGGAUGGACCAGCUGAGAGCUCAGCUGGAUACGGCUCAAGGACCUCGUCAACGUCACUCACGAAGCUUGAGAACAUCUUGGAUGACAAUGGCGAGGGAACGAAACGAGUGGAAGAGAUGCUGGGGCCCGCACGUCGAGUGA